GGUGUUCAGAUAGUUCAUACUUUUUCCCCCUAUUUUAUUGCAAACUUCAAAAAGAGGAACUUUUGACAUUCUUCACAGAUCUCCCUCUUCUAUCCAGGGGGCUCCAAUUAACUCAGGCAAGGAACUUCCCAUAUUUAAAUAGCCCCUUAUUUAAAAGUUGUUUCUUUCCUGAUUGGUUUUCUCUCGCUGCUGAUAACCAAGAGCAAUCUUGGGCUCAGAAACUCCGCACUUACGUCAUCUUCUAGCAUUAAUUCGCCUCUGGAGCCGGGCCCCAAAUAACUUUUUAAUUUGAAUCAAGGGAGAGUUUUAGCGGGCUCCGUUUCUGGUUUAAUGUGAUAUAAAUCGCAGAUGCACUUUUAUUGAAUGGUUAAAGCAGCGACAUGGAGAUCAUCAACACAAAACACCCCGAACAAAACCAUCGAGAGAAAUAAAGCUGGUUAAUAAGAUUUUUGAGAAAGCUUUGUGUUAAAAAGCAAAAAGGAAAACCAGCUGAAGGUGACAGUUAGUUCAUGGUUAAUAGGAUCAGGGCGGCCUGACGGGGGCUGCACACUUCUCUUUGGGGAGGUUCAGCCACACUAAAGAGAUGAAUGGGACAUUUAACACAUCUGUUAUCUCGCCGAACAGAGAAACAGGGGGAAUCGAGUCAGUGCCACCUCAGCCCCAACCUGAGGAAAGCGAAGAGACUGUCUCCAGGAAGAUUCUCCUUUGAAGCUCUACAUUCGGAGGAGGCUUUCUUGGGGUGGACCAACAUUCUUGAGACCCGCAUUCUUCCCUCCGGUUUUCACGCAUUUGUGGGUUGUAGUUAAUUAAGAAGCUGCCAAGUUAAGCACCCCACAGUCGUAGGUCUCUCUCUCUGGACAACAUCUGGACCUGCGCUGCUCUGGCUUAAAAUGUCAGGGCUGUGAAUUUCAACUUAAACUGCCGAGAGCUCCCUGCGGUUGGAGAAGGGCCAGAAUAGCACUCAUAGCCGUUGGACACCCUUACCCGAGGCAGCUUCCGGCCAGCCUAAACCCUUUGUAAGCGGAAUCCUGCCGUUCUGCAGCCCAGCGCUGCUCUCCUCCUCACCUCCCGCAAGGUGAGGUGCAGAGAGCCCCUUGCAGAAACCCCUAGAGAAAACAGUUUUCCAAGUUGCUGGGAGUUUGAAGGAGACUCGUUUUACUGUUCAGGAAUCCACCAACUCUCAAACUCAACCAGUCUAGAAAUGAAGUAACUCCAGACCUCUUCCCACUCUUUCGGACACCCAUCCAGUGGCCCCAAAGCAUUCAUUUCCAAGUCUCCCUGAGUCGUCAGAAUGGGACUUCUAAGACUGGUUUCACUCACCCCUACAUUUGCUUAACUCUUCAGUUGGAGUAACGGAUAGGGCUGGAGACUAGAGAGGGAGUAUAUUUUCAUGUUCACUGACUUGAAACUUUUCAUUGCCCCACCCCCACAAGAAGGAAAGUAACUUUGCUAAUAGCCUGAAGAUGUAUUUCUAUGAAUAUUUAUUGAUUUAUUUUCCAGGCUUAGCAGGGGAGCUGCAAAUAAAUUUAGUGCGUUCUUUAAAUAAUUCCUUUUCUAUGAGGCAAGAUGUCAUCUGAAACUUCUAAAUAGGCAUUUAAUUAGGCCGGGUGUUGCUUCGGAACAAAAACCUUCGGCGAGAGCUUUGGGGGCUCACUGUAUUGCAAAGAGGCGGUCGAUAUGCAGAAUUGAUGCGCGCAGGCCUUUGUUGUCCGCCCAUUGUGCGGGCCAUGCUUAUGAAGACUAAUCCAAUCAUAAAUUGCACCCCUGCGCCAAUCAGAGCGCCCAGAGCCUCCAGCGAAUGAAGCUCAAGUGGAGAACUUUGUUGAACUUCAUUGUCAGAGCUGUCACUUUUCAAAGUGCUUUAGCAGGCGGGCCACUAUAAAACCAUCACCUCGACGGGAGGAUCACGGAGGACUUGCAGACACCCAAGUGGGAUCGUUACUUGGAGACCUUUGCUAAGCCCAAGAGAGAGGACACUGCGGGGGCGGGAGGGGCAGGAAGCGAGGCGUUUACCCUCCGGCCACUGAAAGAAGGGUUAUUUCGCCCGCCCCACGCCUAUCAUGAUGUUCCCCGGGCUCCUCGCGCCCCCCGCCGGGUACCCUAGCCUCCUGCGGCCCACCCCCACCUUGACGCUGCCCCAGUCCCUGCAGUCGGCAUUUUCCGGCCACUCCAGCUUCCUGGUGGAGGAUCUGAUCCGCAUCAGCCGGCCCCCCGCCUACCUGCCCCGCAGCGUGCCCACCGCCAGCAUGUCGCCGCCCAGGCAGGGGGCCCCCACGGCCCUCACCGACACGGGGGCCUCGGACCUGGGCUCCCCUGGUCCUGGCAGCCGGCGGGGCAGCUCUCCGCCAACUGCCGUCUCCCCUGCCAGCGAGCCCACAUUUCUGAAGUUUGGAGUGAACGCCAUCCUCUCCUCGGGGCCCAGAACAGAAACAUCCCCAGCCUUGCUCCAGAGCGUCCCUCCCAAGACCUUCGCCUUUCCCUACUUCGAAGGGUCCUUUCAGCCUUUCAUCAGAUCUUCUUAUUUCCCAGCGUCCUCCAGCGUCGUGCCCAUCCCCGGGACCUUCUCCUGGCCUCUGGCCGCGCGCGGGAAGCCUCGGCGGGGCAUGCUGCGUCGAGCAGUCUUCUCGGACGUGCAGCGCAAGGCGCUGGAGAAGAUGUUCCAGAAGCAGAAGUACAUCAGCAAGCCCGACCGCAAGAAGUUGGCGGCCAAGUUGGGCCUGAAAGACUCGCAGGUGAAAAUCUGGUUCCAGAACCGACGCAUGAAAUGGCGGAACUCCAAGGAGCGCGAACUCCUGUCUAGCGGGGGCUGCCGCGAGCAGACCCUGCCCACCAAGCUCAAUCCGCACCCGGACCUCAGUGACGUGGGCCAGAAGGGCCCUGGGGACGAAGAGGAGGAGGAGGAGGAGGGCCCGGGCAGCCCCCGCCACCGCCUGGCCUAUCACGCGUCGCCCGACCCCCCGCACCUGCGGGACCCGCGGCUACCAGGGCCGCUGCCGCUCUCGCCCGCGCACUCGAGCAGCCCGGGGAAACCUUCGGACUUCUCAGACUCCGAGGAGGAGGAAGAGGGCGAGGAGGAGGAGGAAAUCACCGUGUCCUAGAAGCCGCUCGCACGCCCGAGUACUGUUUCUAAGUGCUUUGAAAUUGAAGAAGUGGGGUCCAGUCUGCGCGUUCACUUUGUUCCAGUGCCCAGAUGCUGCCUCUCCCCACCGUAGCACCAUCACUUCGCUGAGGGCGCCACAGGCCCUGUCGUGGCCCCAAAGAGGAUUUUCCUUCUCCCACACCACCUCCAAAUGGUCCUCCCCACAUAAGUUAACUUUAAGUCUUGGUCCCAGCCUUAACUUUUCAGCAAAAGCUCCAUUCUAUUUUGUUUAUUGUAAAUUAUUUUAAACACAAUGGGGUGUGCUCCAGUGCCGCAGCCUGGACCUGUGAGAGCCAGGCCCUGCUGGUCGUUAGCAGCAACCACUCUAUAUGGUAGGAAAUCUAUUUAUGGAGGAGGAAACCGAGUUAGGAGUGAAAACACCAAAUCAUGUAACUAACUCCAACACGCUUGACUCUCCAGAUCCUUCCACCUCCCCUAACAGGAAGCAAGGACCUCCUAUUCCUCUCCAGUCUGUCAUCUCCACCCCCACCCUCUCCACCCAUCUCCUGGCUUCCCAUAGACAUUCUCUUAGAAAGCUCAAACAUUUCUAAAAAGAAUACAUAUACAUAUUAUCAAUGCCUUCUGGCCCAAGGCACAACAUGCAUAUUGAGUCCUCUCUGUCACCUGCCAAAAGCUCUCUGGGGAAAGAAGUGGAUUCUCUAAAGGGGGAGAAGAAGCUGUCUCUAUUCCUGUAUGUGUGUUUUAAAAGUUCUUCUUUUUAAUUUCUGUAUCCAUGCUAUAUGCACCAUGCACUCUACCUUGUUCCCUUUUAUUAUUACUAGGGAGGUGUUGCUGAGCUGCAAACCUCCUGGGCACCAGGCAUGAUGUGGACAGAGAGACCUACACAGCCUCUUCGAUUUUUUUUUUUUAACUGAACUUUGCUGUCUUUGCACAGCUUUUAUGAACUGUACACUAUUUUGUACACACAUGUUGUAUGGAUAUUUUAUACCAAGGUUAUUGUGAAUGACUAUAAAGCACUGACUAGAUUUCUUUCUUGCUUUUUUCUUGCAAUGGCUUUUAAACUUUGAA